GUUAUGGACUAUGCUAAGAAAAGGAAAACAAAAACCAAAAGAGAAUAAUGGGAAGAUUUGGGAAGAAAUAUAAACAAAUAAAAAGGAAAAUUGGUGGAAGGGAGCUGGUUAUGCCAAUUUGUCAUUUCUCCUGAACCAGACCCAACAACCUUUCUCAAUUCUCACCCUUUUUUUUUUUAAUUUAUGCAAUGAUUUCAUUUCGCUUUGGAGAUAUUUAAAAGUUGAAUUUCCCCUGUAAAGUCCGAGACUUUCCUUCCCCUCUACUGCAACUACUAUAGUGGUGUGAAGUCUUGUUCUUCAUCCUUCCCUCUAAAUCUGGACAUUUUUGGGUUUCUUUCAUUUUCCCUCAAAAGUUUGAGUAGGAGAAGAGCGUACCAUUUUUUUGCUGCCACUGGUAAUGUGUGCUUUCUCAUUUUGCUGUUCUUUCCCGCGAUGAAACUGAAAUUUCCUUCCUUUAUCUCGCUUGUAAUGAUUUGGUAGUUGCUGAGAUCCUUGCAUUGAGUUUGAUUGGGGAUUCGUAUUUUGUUGUUGAAAUGGCCCCUGUUGGAUUUGCUGUUGAAGAAGGAAAGUAGAAAGAAUAGAAUUGGUGAAUGUGUGAACUUCAUUAUGCUGUUAUUCUGACUAGGGUUAGCUAUUUUUCCAGGUUUAUGUUGAGCUGGGUGGCUCAUCAAACGUACAGCAGGAAUGGGUUCUGGGAAUUGGAUUAAGACAGUGAUUAGUUUGAGGAAGGGGAAGAAAGGCCAUUUGAAGCAGUUAAAGGGUUCUUCAUCACCGUCUGCGAAAUCGAAUGGCUUCAAAUCGAAGAAUCUGCAGAACAAAGAUUUGACUACUUUUGCAAAUGGGCAUGGGAAUGAAGAAUUGGCUGCUACUCGAAUUCAAACUGCAUUCCGUGCAUAUAAAGCCAGGAAAGCCUUACGCCGCCUAAGAGGGACUGUGAAAUUACAGACCCGAACCAAGCAUCAGUCCAUUGUGAAGCAAGCUACUUCCACAUUGAACCACCUUCAUCUGUGGAGCAGCCUGCAGACCCAGAUUAGAACUCGCCGCCUGUAUAUGGUCACCGAAGGUCGUUCGAGGCAGAAGAAGUUGGAGAAUCAACUUAAACUCGAGGCAAAACUUCAUGGCCUAGGGGUGGAGUGGAACAGUGGGUGUGAUACAAUGGAGGAGAUUCUUGCAAGAGUACAUCAGAGGGAAGAAGCAGCAGUGAAGAGGGAAAGAGCAAUGGCAUAUGCCUUCUCUCACCAGUGGAGGGCAAACUGUAGCCAGAGCCUUGGUAGCUAUGAAGUUGGCAAGUCCAACUGGGGAUGGAGCUGGACUGACCGCUGGAUCGCUGCUCGUCCUUGGGAGAGCCGUGUCCCUGUGAAGUCCAUUACACCAAAGAAAGCUCAGAACAGCAAGCAGGCUAACAAGGCUAGUAAGACAGCAACUUCACCUGCUGCGAAAACGCCAACAACAGCCUCCAAACCACCAGUGUCCAAUGGAGGUAUAAAAGCCAGGAGAUUAACUUACCCGGUUACUGGAAAACAAGCUACAACACUCCAUGGAAGCAGGAAAGGUGGAAUUGGAGAGGGUAAGAAGGAGCAGCUGGUACUGGCAUCUUAGUGUGUUCUUGUUCUGGUCUCUUUCAUUUAAUUUUGUGAUUAUGAGUUUAUGAGUGGUGUGGUAUUCUUCUGCUUGUGGAUGCGCGGUAUAUAACUGAGAAAGCCUUGAGAGUUUAUUUGGUUCUAUCUUCUUUUCUUCUUCCUAUACACCAUGUGAAAAACAAGGGCUCACUUUGUAUUUAUAAAUUUUAUAUACACUGUAAAUAGAUGAUAACAUUUUGUGUUGGAGGAUGCAAUGUUAACUCAUUAUUGCAGAGCUCAAUGCAACUUUGGUUCUUAGUUAAUCUUCACUUACUGAACACUUUUGGGUUCUUAGGAUGAAAAUGGUUAUAUAUUAGCUUAAUGGAAAACUUUGAAACAGCCGCCUAUGGGGUCGUUUGGAAGUUGCGAUUGUUUUAUUGAGAUUGUCAUUAUGUAUGUAUUGUUUACAAUGCAUCGUUUUUUUGUUUUUGUAACAGAAACAAUACAUGGAUUGUUUCUGU